CAGGCACUCCUCGCUGAGCCGCCAUGUCCAAGCGUGGUCGCGCCGGCUCGAUGGGCAACAAGUUCCGCACGACGCUUGGUCUGUGCGUGGGCUCGGUGAUGAACUGCGCGGACAACACCGGCGCCAAGAACCUGUACAUCAUCUCGGUCAAGGGCAUCAAGGGCCGCCUCAACAAGAUUCCCGGCGCGACGUGCGGCAACAUGGUGAUGGCGACUGUCAAGAAGGGCAAGCCGGAGCUGCGCAAAAAGGUGAUGCCGGCGGUGGUGGUGCGGCAGCGGCGGACGUGGAGGCGGGUCGACGGCGGCGGGUACAUCUACUUUGAGGGGGGAUGGAAGGGCAGGGAGGAGUGCGCCGACCUGUGGCCCCGCAUCGCCUCGGCCGCCGGCACCGUGCUGUAAAUCGAACCCGAGAGGGAUACGGGGGCGGUGCAUGCCUCCGCGCACGCCCCGCUCUUUGGCUUUGCGCCGAGGCGCAGCGAUGGUUGCGGAGGAGGGGGAGGAGGCCACGCCCCCUGUGUGACUAUCUGUAAAAAAAGCCUGUUGUCCUCCGGGCGGGGCAAACGUGA